UGACAUCAGCGGCCGCGGCGAUGGAGGAUUUACUGGACCUGGGCGAGGAGAAACGUCGCAGCUCGGCCACCUCAGGGGCCAAGAUGGGACGCCGGGCUCAACAGGAGUCGACUCAGGCUGAGAAUUACUUCAACAGCAAGAAUUCUUCAUUGACUCAGACUGGAGAGGCUCCCCCACCGAAACCACCUCGGAGACAGGGAGGCUGGGCAGAUGACUCCAUGAAGAUGGCAAAAUUGGGAAAGAAAGUUUCUGAAGAGAUGGAAGAUCGCCGCCUCCGACAGCAGACCCUGACAGGAUCAGACGAAGGAGAAGAUAUCCCUGUGAUCCCAGACCUGGAAGAUGUGCAGGAGGAAGACUUUGUGCUGCAGGUGGCAUCCCCUCCAAGCAUCCAGGUAAACCGAGUGAUGACCUACCGUGACCUGGACAAUGACCUCAUGAAGUACUCGGCCUUUCAGACUUUGGAUGGAGAAAUUGACCUGAAACUCCUCACCAAAGUGCUGGCCCCAGAGCAUGAAGUGCGAGAGGAUGAUGUAGGCUGGGACUGGGACCAUCUGUACACUGAGGUGUCCUCAGAGCUCCUCACAGAGUGGGACCUGCUGCAGGCAGAGAAGGAGGACCCUGUGGGACCAUCUAGGCAUACCUGACCCAGGAACAUCACUGUGCAUUUGAACAAAUGCAAGAAGUCAAACCCAAGGGAGCUUUCAAGCAGCUUACAAUUUUUAUAUGGAAUAUUUUGUAAUAGAAUAUUUAUUUUCAGUAGGAUACAUUGGAGCAUUCCAAUUCAAUAAAUGAUUUUAUUCUGUGA